AUGAGAACGAGUGAAAACACCCAUGAUAUCACUCGAAUCAUCAAUUCGUGUAUUAUUAUAUUUACAGUUAUAAGUGUCAUAUCUGCUGUCUUUAUUUUUGAAGUAGUGAUUUUUCCACAGUUUCAUUAUAGUGUGAUACAAUGUACCUUUCAUUAUUUCAUACACUUUUACUUGGUCUAUAGUUUACUCUAUUUCUACUUCAAAGCCGUGUUUUCAACACCAUCAGUGCAGCCUGAGUUAUUCAACAGACUUUUUCCAGAUUAUUUGAAAGAGUGUGGGGAUAGAUAUUGUGACAUAUGUAAGGCUAAUAAACCUUUGAGGACACACCAUUGUAAUACUUGCAAACAAUGUAUUGGUAGAUAUGAUCACCAUUGUCUUCUUAUUUGUAAUUGUAUUGGGGACAAUACAAUGAGACUCUUCUUCAAUACUAUAUUAUACUUCUUUAUUGGGUCUUUGUAUAUUAUAGGAAUGUUAACUGUUCUUUAUUAUAAGACCAAUUUCACCGACUUUGAAUUUAUAACAAUUGGAUGCAUCUGCUGUCUGUUUGGGAUAGCAAUAGCUAUUGUUAUUGCUAUGGGAUGCUAUCUUGCAUUUUACAUCUUUUUGAUCAAUGACAAUCAAACGACUGUUGAGGUUCUCGCUGAAAUUUCAAACAAACAAAGAGUUUUGGAUUAUAAUCGAGGACUCUACAAUAACUGGAAGGAAGUUAUGUUACUCAAUUUGGACUAUCCUUUUAUUGUAGCUUUUCUCCCCAUCGAUCUGUCUCGUUUUGUGAAAAAUAACAAAAUAUAUUAA